AUGUCGCGACGUGCACCUCCACCUAUUGAAGGACUUUAUUCUCUGAAGGUUGACAACAUCUCUUAUAAUACAACACAAGCUGAUCUUCGAAGAAUGUUCGACAAAUAUGGCGAGAUUGGCGAUAUUCAUAUUCCCAGAGACAAAUACACACGUCAAAGCAAGGGUUUCGGAUUUGUGCGAUUUUAU